AUGAACACCCGUCAAGCGAAGGUCAUCAACCAAGGCCAGGAGGAUGAGAUGGAGGUGUGGGGGUACAGGCCUUGUUGGUGGAAAAUCCUCCUGGUGGGUGUUGGUGCUGUUUGCUCUGGUGGUCUUCUUCUGCUGCUGCUCUACUGGCUGCCUCAGUGGGGGGUCAAGGCCACAUGUACACACAGCUCACUGAAGGAGGCACAAAGGCUGCUGCUCAGGACCACGGAUGACUUCAGGCGAUGGUUUCGUAUCAAAGUACGAGUUAUUUUGGCUCCAGGGAAGACCCCCUUUGAUGAUGUAGAGUUUACAUCUUGCUUACAAAAAGGAGAACUCUACCAUCGAGAAUGUGGUGUGCAGAGUAAACGGUUGGGGCGUGAGAGAGAUGCACAGGUCCACUACUUCACCCACCACAACAUCAAGUACUACUGGAAUGAAGAAACACAGAACUUUGAAGCAUACAAAGGCUUGGAGGACACCAAUGUGAGCUGUGCAGACAUUCACACCAACCACAGCUGUGGACUCACGAGAGCCCUGCAGGAGUACAGAGCUUUGUUUUUUGGCAAGAAUUUGAUCGAUGUGAAAAUGCCGCCUUUAUUUAAGAUCUUCAUAAAUGAGGUCUUGAAUCCAUUUUACAUCUUCCAGCUCUUCGCUGUUAUUGUGUGGUGUCUUGAGAAACAUUAUGAAUUUGGUUUAUCCAUGCUUUUAGUGUCUUCUGUUUUAUUAGCCUUCUCGCUCUACACCGUUAGAAAGCACCAUGUGAGACUGCGUGACAUGGUGCUAGCACACAGCAUGCUUCAAGUUUUCGUGUGCAGAAGAAAUGAAGACGUUGAACAGAUGAUGUCCACAGAGCUUGUGCCAGGUGAUGUUAUCACGAUUCCAACAAACGGGAUGAUGAUGCCUUGUGAGGCUGUGCUCAUCCGGGGCGCCUGCACUGUUGAUGAGAGCAUGUUGACAGGGGAGAGUGCUCCAGUUACUAAGACCAGUGUUCCCAGUUCAGGAGAGGAGGCGGACAGGAUCUACAAUACAGAGGAACACAAGCAACACACACUCUUCUGUGGCUCACAUGUUAUCCAGAGCCGUCCUGGGGCGGAUGAGCUGGUGAAAGUGGUCGUAGUCAGAACAGGUUUUAGCACAGAAAAAGGUCAGCUUGUGCACUCCAUCCUCCACCCUAAACCCACCGACUUCAAACUGCAUCGUGAUGCUAUGCAUUUCAUGAUGUGUAUGGGGGGGUUGGCGGUGAUUGGCUGCAUCUACUCUGUUGUCCUCCAUGUCACACGUGGGGCUGCUCCUGAGAUUGUCAUCUUUGCUUCGCUUGGCAUCGUCACUAUCGCAGUAACCCCCAUACUACCUGUGGCCUUGACUGCCGGUCUUUUGAAUGCACAGCGCCGCAUGAAGCGAGUCGGUAUCUUUUGUACCAGUCCGCAGAGAAUCAACAUCUCUGGUCAGUUGAACCUGAUCUGUUUUGACAAGACUGGGACUCUGACUGAGGACAGUUUGAACCUGUGGGGUAUUCAGAGAGCUAAGGAUGGCAUGUUUUCAUCUCCAGAGACUGAGGUGACUACAGAAACUCUGGCAAAGACGUCGUUUGUCGCCUGCAUGGCAACCUGCCACUCACUGGUCCGCAUAGAGGACAAACUCUGUGGAGACCCUCUAGACCUCAAGGUGUUCAACGCCACCGGCUGGAUCCUUGAGGAACCAGCAGAAGAACAACCUGCCCUUCACGAUGACAACAUUUCCACUGUUGUGAAACAUCCACAGAAGGGGGGAGAGCUUGGCAUUGUGCUCCACUUCCCCUUCUCCUCGACGCUGCAGAGGAUGAGUGUGGUGGUCAGACAACUGGGACAAAAACACUUUGACGUCUAUCUUAAAGGAGCCCCAGAGACCGUGGUUAACCUCUGCAAGCCACACACAGUCCCGCAGAGUUUCACAGAGACACUGGAGACUUACACCCGACAGGGUUUCCGCGUCAUUGCGCUGGCACAUCACCAACUGGAGUCCAUACUCUCCUGGCCUGAAGUCCAAAACCUCAGUCGAGAGCAGUUAGAGACCAACAUGGACUUCCUUGGCUUGAUCGUCAUGCAGAAUAAAAUCAAAGAACAGACGACUGGGGUGUUGCUUGACUUACGACAAGCCAACAUUCGGACUUUGAUGGUCACAGGUGACAACAUGUUGACAGCGAUAUCAGUGGCCCGAGACUGUGUGAUGGUUCAAGCCCAUGAGAACGUUAUCAUUGCUGAUGCUGUGCCUCCAAAUGAUGAGAACCCUGCGAGUAUCACAUGGCGCUAUUCUGACAACCAUGUUGUGAGAAACGAGAAGACACCCAGGGUUAUUUUUGCCGACGAGGGAAUGCAAGAAGAAGACACAGUGGGAUAUCACUUCGCUGUGAGUGGUCCAGCCUUCGCUGUCAUCAAUGAACAUUUUCCACAACUUCUCCCCAAGUUUCUUCUGAGAGCCACUGUGUUUGCUCGAAUGACUCCGGACCAGAAGACUCAGCUGGUACAAGGCCUACAGAGCAUGGACUACAUUGUAGGGAUGUGCGGGGAUGGCGCUAACGAUUGUGGGGCCCUGAAGAAAGCUCACGUUGGGAUCUCUCUGUCUGAACUGGAGGCCUCUGUGGCUUCUCCCUUCACCUCCGCCAUUCCAAACAUCUCCUGCGUUACCAACCUCAUCAAGAAGGGCCGUGCUGCUCUUGUAACAUCUUUCUGUGUGUUCAAAUUCUUGGCCCUGUCCAGCAUCAUUGUGACCUGCGGCAUGCUUCUUCUCUACUGGGUGUUAAGCAGCUUUGGAAGCUUCCAGUUCAUUUGUAUGGCCAUUGGUAUGAGUCUAUGUUUGCCUUUUACAAUGAGUAUGAACCCUGCAAGGAAGAAGCUGGUGCAACGUACCCCACCAACAAAUCUUAAGUCUGGCCCAGUUGUCUUCUCAGUUUUAUCUCAGAUGCUCAACUGCCUGCUCUUCCAGCUUCUGACUUUCUUCUUAGUCCAACAGCAGAGCUGGUAUGACACGCUGGAGCCAGUUUCCUGUAAUGAGACCAGCACUGUAGUUGAAUUUGAAGAGGUGUAUGUCAAGAACUUUGAAAACACCUCCAUGUUCUACGUUACGUCCUUCCAGUACUUGAUUGUAGCCAUUGUCUACUCCAAAGGAAAACCUUUCAGACAACCAAGCUAUAAAAACUGGCCAUUUGUGUUGACCUGUGCCUUUCUCUAUGUUUUUUAUUUGUUCACCAUGCUGCAUCCCCUUCCCGCCAUAGACAACGCUUUGCUGAUCGUGUGUAUUCCCUACGACUGGCGCAUUACACUCCUCAUGAUUGUCAUGGCACACACGGUUGUCGCCUUCACACUGGAGGUUUUAAUUGUCGACACCUUGUGGAAGAUCGUUCAACUCAAGCUGGCCACCAAAGCCUUAACUGCUAACACAACACAGAUGGUGAAUGGGCCUUGGGGGUGGAACUUCCUCUCCUGGAUGCUAUGUUGCAAAAAACGUUCCCCAAAGACGAAAUACAAACUUCUGACUCUGAAGCUGCAGGAGCUGACUGACUGGCCUCCUGCACCGUCCACUAUCACCUAUGCCAGCACACCUCAGUACCUCAUUGCUGACCCCUAAUUAAUGUUUACUGUAAAAAUCACAAAGGGUGUCCUCCGCUUUAAAAGUACCAUUUUAUACAAUUUUUUAAAUCUUACAAUCUUAUUCGCAACACGCGACACUUACGUUGGUACUACUUGUUUCUUGUUGGCUAGUCUAUUGCUAGCUUUGCCGUAGCUUCUCGUGCCAUCUGCACGUUUUCCUUUUUUUCCGUAUCUUUUGUCUUGUUAUUUGAAUAAAUCAUCCUUCUU